AUGCAUAAAGCUGACAACGCCGCCAAUCAACAAGAAGAAAAUAAAUAUUCACUGAACAACACAGUAACGGGGAACACGGGUGCAAGGCUAUGCGCCCAGUGCGGGAAAGUUAUCACCGAAAGGUUUCUAUUGAAAGCGAUGGAGAGGUUCUGGCAUGAAGACUGCCUCAAAUGUGGCUGCUGUGACUGUCGUCUCGGAGAAGUUGGCUCCAAGUUAUACUACAAAGCCGAUCUAAUGCUCUGCAAGAGGGAUUAUCUUAGGUUAUUUGGUGCUACAGGCAAUUGUGUAGCGUGCAACAAAGUAAUUCCAGCCUUCGAAAUGGUUAUGCGAGCGAAGAGUUUUGUGUACCACUUAGAAUGCUUCGCCUGUCAACAGUGCAAUCACAGGUUCUGCGUAGGCGACAGAUUUUAUCUGUGUGACAACAAGAUACUUUGCGAGUACGAUUACGAAGAGAGGCUGGUGUUUGCGACCAUGGCGGCAAAUCCCAGUGGCCUGGCGCAUAUACGAAGACAAGUCAGUGGGUUGCAGUCGCCAAGUGGCGGGUACCAAGUGGGUGCGUGUGGAGCGGCGGGGGUUGCGUUGGCAGAUAAGGAGGGUGGCGGAUGCGCAGGCGCGGACGACGCGUCCAGUGGAUACGGCAGCCCGCCCGACCCCGACGUGUGCGACGCCGCACGAUGA